ACGGGCGCCUGAUCGCUUGUUAUGGAGACCAUAAAGAGACUGUCCACGUCCCCGGGCCUACUAUGUCAGCUUGGUCCUCUCCAAACGUACCAACAGAUUUUAUAGUCCCGAUUUAGCUUGUGUGCUCUGUAUCACAGGCCAUAUCACAGACAUUCCACCAUGAAGUCCUUCACAGCGCAUUCUUGGCUUGAGUUCUGGUUUUACGGGCUUUAUCCUGCACUUAUGGUCGCACUGACAUGCAUCGGUGUCUUGGCCACGUUAGCUUUAUGGCCCUUCCAUAUGAAGUCCACAACACAGCUUUGUGAAAGAUGCAAGCAAAGAGAGAAGAGCGAUGAUUCGGAACGAGUGUCUACAAGCGCGACUUUUACCACCUCAGAUGCUCGACUUCAUCCACAUCAGAAGGUCUUCGAACCAGAACCGAGUAGGUCUCAACACCCUGCUUUUCGAUACUCGUUCAUACCGCCGUCGCCUUUUGGAGCCGGAACCCCAAUUCGAGUGCCCUCAUUCCGCACAUCGUCGCCAUGCCAGCCCGAUGGAACGCCUGUACGCGUUCGCUCGCUACGACAUUUCCUACUUCCACCACCUCUCAGCCGCCAUCGUGCAGAUGGAGAGCAGGGUUCUGAUGGCGCCCGGACACCUGAUAAAACGCCGAGUGUCAGUAGACGGCUAAGUGCUGUUGCGGAGGAUAUGGUAGAUGCUAUUAUGGUUUAAUUUGAUCGGCAAAGGUGAAGCAACUAUUGGGCGCUAAAGCACAUACAAAGUUACGUCAUAGCCGAUUCGGUAUCAAUCUAGAAGCAUUACAAUCCACACUACGAUGAGAUGAACAAUGUCAGAAGGCCUUGCAUGUUUAAGACGAAGUCAUGUAACUACUCGGAAUCAAACAUGGUGCAUU